ACGCUAAGGGGAAAGUUCCAUUAGCAAUUGCAGAAGAAAACAAAUUUUAAGGGAGUGUGGCAUUCUAACUUAUUCUACCAUGCUUUCAUCUAUAAUUUAAUAGCAAAUCAUAAUAUUUUUCUUUCCUGAUAUCACCUUAAGAGUGACAAUCCUCAUAAUACAAAGUAUGGCUUCGAUUUUAUCUGCUUCCACUACAUCCAUGAGAUCUGACAGGAAUACAUAUGUUGGAAAAAGUUUUGUUCACGUUAAAAAUCCUUACCUGGACUCUAUGGAUGAAGAUGUUCUCUAUCACUUGGAUUUAGGAACAAAAACGCACAACCUACCAGCAAUGUUUGGGGAUGUAAAGUUUGUCUGCGUUGGUGGGAGCCCCAACAGAAUGAAAGCAUUUGCACUGUUUAUGCACAAGGAGCUCAGAUUGGAGGACAGUGAAGAGGAUGUCAAGGACAUCUGUGCUGGGACUGACAGAUACUGCAUGUACAAAAUUGGUCCCGUGCUCUCCAUCAGUCAUGGCAUGGGCAUCCCCUCCAUCUCUAUUAUGCUUCACGAACUCAUUAAAUUACUGUACCAUGCCCGGUGCUGUGACGUUACCAUUAUCAGAAUCGGUACAUCAGGAGGAAUAGGGAUUGCACCGGGGUCUGUUGUAAUAACAGAUAAAGCCGUAGACUCCUUCUUUAAGCCCCGGUUUGAACAGGUAAUCUUGGACAACAUCGUCACCAGAAGUACUGAACUUGACAAAGAACUGGCUGAGGAACUACUCAACUGUAGCAAAGAAAUUCCCAACUUCCCAACUCUCAUUGGACAUACGAUGUGUACCUAUGACUUUUAUGAAGGCCAGGGUCGACUAGAUGGAGCGCUGUGUUCCUUUUCCAGAGAAAAGGGGUUAGAUUACUUGAAGAGAGCCUAUAACGCCGGCGUCAGGAAUAUCGAAAUGGAAUCCACCGUGUUUGCCGCCAUGUGUAGACUUUGUGGUCUAAAAGCUGCUGUGGUCUGUGUGACACUUCUCAACAGACUUGAAUGUGACCAGAUCAACUCUCCCCAUGAUGUUAUGGUGGAGUAUCAGAAACGGCCUCAGCUCCUCAUCUCCAAGUUCAUCAAACGGCGGCUUGGACUUCGUGACCAGACCUCAUAGGUGGGCAGCCCAAUCCGUCCUUGCAGGAUUUCAGUGCAGCACGGAAUAGAAUUAGAGGCUUAGGUUUGCCCAUGUUUGUGAUUUUUAUCACAAAAUGUAACAACUCUAGAUCACACAUUGAUUUUCAAAUGAAAACCCUUGGAAAUGCAAAGAAAGAUCUUCAUUUUUCUUCAGAAAUCACAGAUGAUUAAAUCACCUUCUAGCAAUUGUUCUUCUUUUAAGGAAAUGCAUUUUGAAGAGGCUUUUUAAAAAUUUCACUUCAAUAUUAACCUCAUCGGCUGAGGAAUUAAUAACAACUGAAUUUAGACCUGAGUUCAAAAUGUUAAAGUCAUCCUUUUGUGUGACUUUGAAGCAGGUCUUGCCUGCACCCUGCCUAAAGCCCUGUUCAUUUUGACCCUCCGGCAGACAUGGUAGAUAGUACCCUCACUUAGAGGGUAUACCUGGCUCUGUAUGCGUUGAUGCCACUUGGGGGGUUCUUCUAAAGUUGAUAUACUUAGGAAUUCUGAAGCAUGAAUUGUGGGUGGGUGGAGGAUAGCUUACAAAUCUUGAAUAAUAUGUAAUGUUGUGUACACACAUUUACAUUGUUGUGGCUCAAAUAAAGUUUAAUUCCAACCGUGAUAGAGAUUGUUUUGUCUCCUUGGAAUCAAUGACAAUAAACAAUCCCCC